AUGACCGAACCCCACCAACGAGAAGACCGAGCAACCCGAAAGAAGCGAAAGAGAAGAACGUCCAGCACUUCCCACAUCGAGACCGAGCUAAUUCGGAGCACCUCCUCCGGUCUCCCUCCAUCAUACCCGGACGCGCAACGACGCCCGCGUGGCAGUCGUAUGCCUGGAGCAUGGGAAUCCAGCUCCGAUGGCAGCUCCAGCCAAGCGCUCCGUGCUGGGACGGCUUACUCUUCGCGCUCUGCCAUCACCGUUGGUGACGCGGAUGAACGUCUCUCGAGUGUUGACGAGAUCCAAGACGCUCCCCUGCCACGUGGUCAUCGGGCGACAUCGGUCGAGUUGAACGAGAAGAACAUCUCUGCGCGCGGGCGUGAAGCGCAGAUUGUUCCGCCUGUUCGCGCGCCAUCAGUCGAUUCGGGUGGGGGUUUUGGCCAAAGUCCGGUAUUGCUCGACGAUGACGAAGCUGUCAACGCAGACGAACAGUCGGUCGAAUCACCCUCGUCUCUCUCGAUCAACCGACCACGCAUGACUGAGCGGCACCGGCGUCACCGCUUCUCACCGUCGCCGUCGCAGUCGGUCGACUUACCCUCAUCUCUCUCGAUCAACCGACCACGCAUGACUGAGCGGCACCGGCGUCACCGCUUCUCACCGUCGCCGUCGCAGUCGGUCGACUUACCCUCAUCUCUCCCGAUCAAACGACCACGCAUAACUGAUCGGCACCGGCCUGACCGCUCCUCAUCGCACACUCCAGCCGACGACGGUCGCCGUGCAUCUCGCCGAACUAAACCGUCGCCAGGCACAAAGUCACAAUCAACCAUGUUCCCCACCGACGAGUUACAUCCUCCAGAAUCGCUAUCCGACAAUAACAGUGACACCUCCGACGGCAGACAGACAUUUCUCAACGCUCAGAAAGCCACCGGAUUCGAGCGCAUUCGCCACAGGUGGACGCUCGCCGGAGGCGCACACUCCGACUACACGUGUCAAAUCUCAGGGAAAUGGUGGUCGACCCUACCUGACUCGAGCAACAGACUCGCCAGUCGUAGCGGCCCUCCCGAAGGCAGCACGACCGCCUCGCACAUCGGCCGCAUCAUGGAGACGACGCUCGGCGAGCAAAAGGGCGACGGGGAGAGGUGCACGCGCUGCCAGAGGGACGGGUGGGAAUGCUGGGUGUACAGCGCCGAGGGCAAGGCGCAGAUCUUUCACCCCGGCGAUACGUGCGCCAGGUGUCGCCAUAAGCCCGGGAAGGGGCCUUGUUCGUUCAGUCCGCGGAUGAGGAGGAAGAGCGUGGCGGAUCAGUCGCUGCUGGAGGUGGAGGAGGAGGAGGAGGAGGAGGAGGAAGCGGAGGAGUGA